AGCUCAUUUAACUUAUAUUUUUACUGACAUUACAUCAUAGUCCCAUAGAAAUCUGAGCUGGGUUUUGCUUAUUACCAUUACUUUACUUGAAAUCUGAGAUGGGUUUUGCUCAUCUUCAAAUUUUAUUUGAAUUCUGAGAUGGGUUUUGCUUCUUAAUAUUUUUCUUGAAAUCUGGGAUGGUUUUUUGUUUACGCUUGGAUUUAAUCUCAAAGAGGUGUCUACAGUUUGGCUUAUAUUAUUUUACUUAAAUCUAAUAUGGGUUUCUUUCCUUUUUAUUAUACUGAUUAUUGAAGAUACGGGAUUGGUUUCACUUGCUUAUUAUAAUGGAAGUUUAGGAAUACAUUAGGUGGGCAGGCUACCUGCUCCAACAUUAGCUUUCUGCCUUUGUCCUCCAUGAAGAGGAGGCAAUGAAUCUUUUAUUUCCUUGAUUCCUUCAUUUUUAUUUGUCAAUGGUGGUUUUAAUGGGGUAGCGGUCGUCAAUGUGCCUUUUCUUGCACAGAGGAGCAAUUAAUGCAACAGUGGCUCCCGCCACUUAUCUUAAGCCAGGGGUCUAAGCCAUUGACCUAGCGGUCCACUUCAUCUUGGUUGGGCCUGUUUUUUAUUGCUCUCUCUGUAAGUGGGUUUGCUGAUUACUACUUAGUUUUCCAACCACCACCGUCGUACAUUGUCUAAACUGGAGGGAAAAAGAAAAGUUCAAUGAGGGACUUUAGAGAGGGAGAGUUUAUUUAACUGCCCCCAUUGUAGAGAGGGAGAGGGAAUUAGUUCCUAACAGCCUUCAGCAGAGAGAGAGAGAGAGAGAGAGCAUUAGUUUCUAACAGUUCCUGUCGUACAUUAUAGAGAGAGCAUCCAACAAUUAUUAUAGUACAUUGGAGAGAGAGAGCUUUAGUUUCUAAUAGUUCCUUUGCAGUAGUUCUGAUGACGCAAGAAAUUAUUUUGGUUGCUCCUCUUUUCACCCAACUAUAUAACUCUCACUCUCUCUCUCUGCAAGUUGUGACGCAAGGCUCUCUCUGUCCUUGAUUUAAGCGCUUGUGAGAUUUAUGCAGUGACCAAUGGCGUCUCUUGUCAUUCCCAUGGAUUUAAUGCUUGGGUUCUCAACUUGGGUGAGAGUAGGAGGCUCAUCGGUGAUGUUUUGACUUUGGGGUUCUGCUUCGAUCUCAGCCUAUUUGUCUUAUGGUAAAAGAAAUGCUGAGAUUUAGGCAAGGGAGAGCAUAUUUGUAAGCUAAAGCCAUGAUAUGCGAAUUGGGAGUGCCAAAGCACAGUUCUUGUGAGAUGCUGGCCUACAAGUGCCACAUGACAUGUCCAGUGCCAUCUUUUGAGAGGAUAUCAGCUUCGAAGCUCAUUCGAUCACAGAGCGCCCCUACAAGUGAUGUCCAUGUAGACAUGUUACCUGCGCUGCCUCAAGCACCCAGCCAUGUGAAACUGAGUUGGGAGAAUGGCAAUGAUAGCAUUGAUGUUCUGAAGACACAAUCUCUUAAUAGCUUACAACAAUCAUUAAAAUGCGAGGUUGUGCAGCUUGAGAGGAGACUGCAGGACCAGUUUUCUCUACGUGGGGCCCUGGAGAAAGCAUUAGGGUACAGAUCCACCUGUAGUGAUAUUUCAAAUGGCACAACCAUCCCAAAGCCUAUUGCAGAGCUGAUCAAGGAGAUCGCUGUGCUAGAGUUGGAAGUUGUGCAUUUGGAACAGUAUCUACUGUCAUUAUAUCGAAAGGUAUUUGAUCAUCAUGUGGCUUCUUUACAUAUGGCAGAAGUGGGACACAGACGAAUCUCAACUUCAGUUUCUGAGAAGGGAUUACCAGAGCAAGAUGGAGCCGAUGUUAUGCCAGAUACAGAAUUUCCAUCUAGCCAUUGUUCAUCUUCACAAGGUUCUCAUGAAGAUAUAAGGAAGGUGUCUGAUGAUGUUGGUGAUAGAGAGGAGCAAAGAGAUUGUAGUAUCCAAAGUAACAAAUCAUCCCUUCUACAUGGCUCAUCUGAUACUAGAAAGGGAACCUCUCCUCUUAGAGGGAACCCUAGGAUUUUACAAACCUGUCAUUCAGAACCCAUAUCUUUACCCUCGGAGAUGAAGAGUGGUAUGUCAUGCCUUUUAAGUCUAGCAGAUCUUCUGGGAACAUCUAUUUCAGAUCACAUUCCUGAGACCCCAAAUCGACUCUCUGAAGAUAUAGUUAAAUGUAUGGCAUCUAUAUAUUGCAGACUUGCAGAACCCCCCCUUCCGAAUCAUGGCCCAUAUGUUUCCCCAACUUCAUCCUUGUCUUCAUUGAGCACAUUGUCUCCACAAGCUCAAUCUGAUAUUUGGAGUCCCCAUUGUAAGAGUGAGGCUAUGAUGAACUCUUUUCCUGGUGGAAGUCCUAAUGAUAAUCGUGGACCCUAUAACAUGAUGAUUGAACUACCAUCAAUAUGUGUAGAUAGUGACAGAUUGAAUUAUGCUUCACGGAUGCUGCAAACUUAUAGGUCAUUGAUCCAGCGACUGGAAAAAGUUGAUCCAAGAAAGUUGUCACAUGAAGAGAAGCUUGCCUUUUGGAUAAACAUACAUAAUGCCUUGUCAAUGCAUGCAUAUUUAGCUUAUGGAGUUCCUCGAAGUAAUUUGAAAAGAGCAUCCCUACUUCUCAAGGCUGCAUAUAAUGUGGGUGGCCAAACCAUAAAUUCCUACAUAAUUGAGCGAUUCGUUUUGAGAUGUCAUACAAACCGUCCUGUUCAGUGGCUAAGAGCACUAUUUUCAUCAGGGAUGAAGAUGAAGGGCCGAAGUGAUUUUCAUUCAUAUGCACUUGACUGUCAAGAACCACUUCUUCACUUUGCCCUUUGCUCAGGAGGACAUUCGGAUCCUGCGGUCCGUGUUUACACGGCAAAGAGGAUCUUUCAAGAGCUCGAAGUUGCAAAAGACGAGUACAUUCAAGCAACUGUUAAUAUUCAAAACGAAACUAGAAUCCUCCUUCCAAAAAUUCUUGACAAUUUCUCGAGAGAUGCCUCAGUAAGCUUGCCAGACCUCUUGCAAAUGAUCCAUGGCUGCCUACCUGAAACGAAGCAAAUUUCCAUGCACAAAUUGAUCCAAGGAAAACCACAUCAAAGCAUUGAGUGGGUGCCUUACAAUUUCUCUUUCAGGUAUUUAGUAUCAAGAGAACUAGCAAAGGUGGUCCCUUGGAUCCUACAUUGAUGUGUUUUAUAAGUUUUCCCCUUGGUGAUUGUCUACCAAAGUUCUUCUGCUCCAGUGUCUAAAAUACCCUUGAAGUGGACAUGAUUGCAAUGUCCCUCUUACUGGCUGGGUAAUAGUUUGCCAUUUUUUGUACUUCAAGGGUAUUUUGGAUAUUCUAUGAAGCUGUUGGAUAUUUGGGAUAUUUUUGCAAUAGCCCCUGAUAUUUUAGUUUCUAAUUUGAUGUAAAUAAACUGUGCCUUUGCCCUUAAUUUUUAUUUUAUUUUUUAAUUAGAGAAGGUAACCGUGCCUUUGGCCUUUGAAGAUUUGUUGGCUUGAAUUUGGACAAGAAAUUUAUAGUAUAGUGUAAAUCAAUUUUAUUCAAUC